CCUAGCGAAAUAAGCACUGGCGGCGCUUCCUCAGUGGCCGAUUUGGACGAAUAUAUGAUUAAUCCACGAACGGGUUUUGUGCGUGUUAUAAGUGAAUUGGUGGGUGACGUAGCCGAACGAAUCGUUUAUCGAACUGGAUUGUAUGGGCAGUCCGAUAUUGCUGGAUUCACACCGUCCAGUGGUGAUCUUGCUUAUCCAGAAAAAUUGGAAAUGAUGAAAGCAAUCGAGGAAGAGCAUGCAGAAAAGGUUGAUAAAAGUGAACAAAGUAAAACGUCUCCGACUUCUGCGAUCGAUCUCCAUUGCCUGUGGUACCCCACUGUUCGACGUACGGUGCUUUGUCUUUCAAAACUGUUCAAAUGUUUGGAGGUAAUUGGUCUUUACUUUUUUCCUAGGCAAUGA